AUGGCUGCUUCCGGUUGUAAAGCGUUGAAUUUGUGUAAUUCAUCGGAAUUAAACUGCUCCGGGGCGGAGGCGUCGCCGUUAAACACGGCGGUGUUUCUCAGCUUAGGCCGGAAAUUGGCGAUUUCCGGUGGCGUAGCGAGAUCGAUCUUCGUGGCGCCAAUGAAGGCAUUUGAAACGACGAUGCACCAGGGCAAACAAUCCCGCCGCAGUUCCGCCGGCAAGUGCACCGGUGUUUCAGGGGAAAGUACACUUACGAUGUCUACUGUUGGAAACUCGUCAAACAUCGUUUGGCACAAGUGUACUGUAGAGAAAGAUGACAGACAGGCUUUGCUCAACCAGAAAGGCUGUGUUGUUUGGAUCACCGGGCUAAGUGGAUCAGGAAAGAGCACUGUGGCUUGUGCUUUAAGUCGUGCCUUACAUGCAAGAGGAAAGCUCACGUACAUCCUUGAUGGGGAUAAUUGCAGGCAUGGUCUCAACCGUGAUCUUAGCUUUAAAGCCGAGGAUCGAGCUGAGAACAUAAGAAGGAUAGGUGAGGUGGCUAAACUAUUUGCGGAUGCUGGAGUCAUUUGCAUUGCGAGUCUAAUAUCGCCAUUCAGGAAGGAACGAGAUGAGUGCCGUGAGUUACUUCCGGAAAGAGAUUUUAUUGAGGUGUAUAUGGAUGUACCCCUAGAAGUCUGCGAGACAAGGGAUCCUAAGGGUCUGUACAAGCUUGCACGAUCUGGGAAGAUCAAAGGUUUCACAGGUGUUGAUGAUCCAUAUGAGCCACCAUUGAACUCUGAGAUAGUAUUGCAACAAAGAGAAGGAAGUUGUGAGAGUCCAACUGUUCAGGCUGAAAAAGUGGUUUCAUUCUUGGAAACAAAAGGUUACCUUGAGGCAUAA